AAAAACAAAAAUAUUAUCUUUUAAUACCAUGAAUUUGCAAUAUGGUAUCAAUCAAGUUUCUAAUAUAGAAAAUUUGGAUAUUUUAAGGAAAAAGAUCAAUCCAAAGCUAUUUUUUUUUAAAAAAGAAGUUUUAAGAGCUUUAAAAAAAGCAAGAAGAUUCGAAUUUCAAAAGAUAUCAAAAAGAAUUAGAAAUGAAAGACCAACAAAUAAUAUUACAAUUUUAGAUAGAUUAAAGGAAGAAUUGUUAGUAGUUAAAAAUCUUAAUUUGGAGGCUAUUAGGGACUUUUUGUUGUAUAUUAAUUGUUUAAAAGAACCAUUAUUAUUUCAGAUUAUACAUUUAGAGCCAGUAAAUUCACCAUUAAAAAAUGUAUCAGAAUCAGUUAAAAAUGUUAUUACAAGGCUUUUUAAUUCAAAUAGUAUCAAGAAGUGUAUAAAAAGAGUUAUUUUUUCUUUGAAAAAAAUAGCUAAAAUCCAAGAUGAGACAAUGAAACCAAAAAAUCCUCAAAAAAACAAGAAAAAUUCUUUUGAAGAUCCUUCUAUAUUGAAUAAUAAAUUAAGAGGUACGGAAAAAGGGAACUCAAAAUCUUUGAAUGUAAAAAAUAAAGAAAAAAAUAUAGAUAUUUUAGAAGAAAAAGUUGAAUUAAAAAUUAAGAAUCAUAUUCAAUUAAAACCUAAAAAAAAAAGAAUAAAUCUUGAAGAAAAACUCAAGAAUUUAUCUGGUUCAACCUUUUUACCAAGUCUUUCUACUGGUUAUAUUUCAGGAAGUGAUGAUAAUAAUAAUAUUGAUCCAGAAUAUAAAGUUAUUGAUAAACCUAAGAAAAAUAGAAGAGGACAGAGAGCUAGGCGUAAAAUAUGGGAAAUAAAAUAUGGAAAAAAUGCAAGACAUUUACAGAUUAAAAGAAAAAAAUUGAAUUCGAAUAAAAACAUUAAGUUAUCAUAUAAUAAUAAAAAUUCAGCUUUAGUAAGUAAAAAUAAUAAAGAGACUAAACCACUACAUCCAUCAUGGGAGGCAGCUCGUCGUUUAAAAAAGAAGGAAUCAAGCAAUAUAAAAUUCGAAGGAACAAAAAUCAAAUUUGAAUAGUUCAACUAUAAUUUCAAAAUAUUAAUAAUAA